GUGUGUGUGUGAACAUCUUUUUGUCAUUCUCCGCCUACACAAACGGAAAACGUCUUUUGUCCACUUCGCAGGCUCCGGGGUCAAUCACGGUCAUCCAUGGCCUCCGAUUUCUGACCAUGGCAUGGAUUAUAAUUGGCCACACAUAUUUUCUGUUAAUUUUUGGUCAUGCAA